CGCAUCCAGUGUGUAGAACCGUCACAUUAACACAAAAAAGUUUAGUAACAAUUCUAAUCCAUCAAACAAAAAAUUGUUAUUUAGGAAAUAAUCGAGAAAAAACAUCAAGUCAAAAAUCGAUUUUUUUUUUAAAUAAUUGUCAAAAUAAUUGAAUGUGAAUCGCCUAUCCCUACUUUUACGGAGGCGCGAACCAUGUAAUCAGAUAUAAAAGAUACAUCAAGAUAUACAUUUUAUACAUCACGGUUCUGAACUGUUCUAAACGCAAUUCGAUAUUAAGUCGGAUUUGAUUGCGUGCUGUUUAGCAGAAAAUUUUGAAUCAUACGUUGUUAAAAACCAUGAAAAUUAAUGAGAAGAAUAUGGUAGCAUUUGCAACCUCUGCAACGCCAGUAGAUCGUGAAGGUUGGUUGAAUAAACGUGGAGAGCUAAAUCGUGGAUAUCAGAAGCGAUGGUUUGUUCUCAAGGGAAAUAUAUUAUUCUAUUUUGAUCGCCGCGGUGACAAAGAGCCAGUAGGCAUGGUUGUGCUCGAAGGCUGUACGAUUGAACUGGCAGAGGAUGAAGAACAGUUUGGCUUCAAGAUAGUUUUUCAUGGACCAAACAACAGGAGUUAUGUUUUAGCUGCAGAGUCUCAGGAAUCUAUGGAACAAUGGAUGAAGGCGUUGGCAUGUGCCAGUUAUGAUUAUAUGAAACUUAUGGUGACAGAAUUGCAACGUCAAUUAGAUUCUGUGGAAGAAGAAACAGCUUCCACACCUGUUCAACAAUCUCCUAAAGCUCCACCAAGACAACGACAUAAUCCAUUCAAUAGACCAGAUUCUCAUCAUCGUUCUCAGAGUGUUAGAUCAGCGCCUGGUAGAACUGAGAACGUACCUAGGACUAGAAUAACUUUUCGUGAGCUUCAUACAGCAUAUGGCAGACGAAUCUUAGCAGAUCUGAAUGCAUGGAGACAUGCAAAGAAAAAUGCAGAGGCACCUCUAAUAACUCUCUAACUUUGUAUAUAUUUUGUAGAUGAUUAAACAAAGUACACUUCGACAUUGUAAAUAAUCUACGAGACUUACCGGCUUAUAAAGUUAACUGUACAUUAAUA